AUGUCGCGGCAGUCGGCGCGCAGACGCCCGGCGGCCGGGGCCGAGGGGGGGGCCCCCGGCGGAGCCCCCGCGCCCGGCGAUGCGGAGCGGGGCAUGGCGGCCCCGGGCCUCACGGUCUGCUUCAAGCUGCUGGCUGCGGCCUUCUACGGACUCAGCUCCUUCCUCAUCGUCGUCGUCAACAAGAGCGUCCUCACCACCUACGGGUUCCCCUCCUCGCUCUGUGUGGGGCUGGGCCAGAUGCUGGCGACGGUGGCCGUGCUGUGGGUGGGCAAGGCCCUGAGGGUGGUCAAGUUCCCUGACCUGGACAGACACAUCCCCAGGAGGACAUUCCCUCUACCUCUCCUCUACUUUGGCAACCAGAUCACGGGGCUCUUCAGCACCCAGAAACUGAACCUCCCCAUGUUCACCGUCCUGCGGAGGUUUUCCAUCCUCUUCACCAUGUUUGCAGAAGGAUUCCUGCUCAAGAGGAAGUUUUCCUGGAGCAUCCAGAUGACAGUGUUUGCCAUGAUCAUCGGAGCCUUCGUGGCUGCCAGUGCUGACCUGGCCUUCGACCUGGAGGGAUAUAUUUUUAUCCUGAUUAAUGAUGCCUUAACAGCUGCAAACGGUGCCUACGUGAAGCAGAAGUUGGACUCCAAGGAGCUGGGCAGGUUCGGGUUGCUCUACUACAACGCCCUCUUCAUGCUCCUGCCCACCCUGGCCAUCGCCUACUGCACGGGGGAUGCUCACAAGGCGUUGCAGUACCAGGGCUGGGCAGACACCUUCUUCAUCCUGCAGUUUACUCUGUCCUGUGUGAUGGGGUUCAUCCUGAUGUACUCCACGGUGCUGUGCACUCAGUAUAACUCUGCCCUCACCACCACCAUCGUUGGCUGUAUUAAGAACAUUUUAAUAACCUAUAUUGGGAUGGUUUUUGGAGGAGAUUAUAUUUUUACCUGGACGAAUUUUAUCGGUCUAAACAUCAGCAUUGCUGGGAGCCUGGUGUAUUCCUACAUCACUUUCACGGAGGAGCAGCUGAGCAAGCAGUCAGAAGCAGGCAGCAAGAUGGAUAUUAAAGGCAAAAGCUCCGUGUGACCAGGGGAAAAAGGGGCUUUCUAUGAUGAUGAUGAUGAUUGAUUUUUUUUUUAAUUUUUUUUUUUGGAAGUGGCCAACUUCUGUUCAGCUGCUGGUGAGCAGGAGGAGGGGAGGAAUCCGGGGGCCACGGAGCGAGCGCCGCUCUUUUAAUUUGCACAAAUUCAGUUGCUGCCUUGAGAAAUUAAUUCCUGGGAAGAUGAGUGCCUGCAGGGCCAGGAAACACCUCUGAUUCAGUCUGAUCGUGGUGAGGGAACGAAUUGGGUUGCUAAUCAUGCUGAGAUCUGGCAGGAGGGACUGGCACCAGCCCGGGUUGUAGCUGGAGCAGCAGCACGGGGCUGGCUGGGGGCUGAGCCCAUGGGAUCCAUCCCACAGGGAUCCCAUCCCCAGGGAACUGCUGGCAUUCCCAGCAAACCUGCUCCUGGGUUGGGCCAAAAGCCCCUGGGAUCAACACUCUGUGACCUUAAAUUUGUUGGGUUUGGGUUUUAUUCUCUUAGCCCACUUUUAAAGCUGGGUUUACUCCCUUGGAGCCUCUUUUUGAGGCUCCUUCCAAGCAGCCUGGGGACACAGUCCCUGGGUUUGGGUCAGGGCUGGCCCUGGAUCCAAGCAGGGUUUAUAUAUAGGAGCUGAUGUUGCUCCAGCUGGCACAGGGACCUUCCUUCUUCAGCCCAGAAAAUGAAGUUAAAUCAGCCAAGCCCUGUCCCCCAUUUGGGUUUUGGUGUCCCCAAGUCUCCUUCUGCUUGUGCCCUGUUAAAAGAACAGGGUUUUUAUCUGCCAGGCAGUGGUCACUGGUUUUUGUCAGGUUGUCUCACACAGCACUUCUUUCUAAGUCUCUCCUUGGAUUGUCUUUUGCUUUAAAAACAAUUGUUUAUCAUUUGGGUUAAAAGAAAGUUUUGGUAAAACUCUGUAUUUAGGAGGGGUGAUUUUUUUAUAUAGUUCCCUUUGGUUAGCAGGAGAAGAAGAACUACAAACAACAGGACUUGUUUCUGGGGAGCUGUUUGCUAAAACCAGCCCUGCAUUUAGUGGAGUCUUUAACAAAAUGAGGUUUUUAUAGGGGGCUGAGAGUUUCUGUCCCAGCUCUGCAAAAACCUGGGGUGGGGGUGAGUGAGUCCCCUGUCCCUGCACUGCCACAUCCUGAGCUCCAGCCCCCUCCCAGUGCACAACUGGGAGAAG